UGACCGGAAUUGAACCCGGAACCCUUCAGUCCACUGGCUGACGCUCUACCCACUGAGCAAAACCAGCUAUUUGGUAAAUCAGAGAUAGAAAAAAGUAAUUCCUAAAAGAAAUGGACUUAGGAAAAAAGUUAUAGAGGUAAAGGAAGGGCCCUGGGAACUUGGGAGUGAAGAAGGUAAUGGUAAACAUGCCUGGGGCACGGAGGGGAAAGAGAAAGGCAUGGACAGACAUGCUCCCCGGAGGGAGAGCGCCUUAGUUCUUAUUUUUUAUAAUAAUUACACAAUAUUGAAAUUAUUUUUAAAGUAUAAACCCAGAAAAAAUUAAGAAAGCGGGAGGGGACCAUCAGCACAUAGAAUAUUUUAACAAAUUUUUGGGAGGUGGAAACUCAAAUUGAAUAGUAGUAACCAAUGAAGUGGGCCAAAGGAAACCACAGCCUGAACACACAUAUCACCUGUGGGAGACUUCACCCUGCAGAGAAUCCUGGAGCAGCGGGGGACUCCGAGUGCCAGGUAUGCCAGGACCAACACAGCAUUUGUACUCAGGCCGCCCAUUCUCCUUCCACUGGAUAGAGACUCUGGCUAAAUCUCUCGAAAAUGGCCUCACAGGAGGAGGCCGCUAACCAGAGGAUUUCCCAGUAUGAUGAAACUACUAUCCCUCAGCUGUCUGCUCUUCUAGGCAUCGACAUGGUUCAGUUUGUAAAGGAAAUAGACAAAAAGGAGCAGGAAGAUCGAGAAAAAAUGCAGAAGGGCUUUAACUCAGAAAUGCGCAGUGAAGCAAAAAGGUUAAAGACUUUUGUGACCUAUGACUCCUACAGCUCGUGGACACCACAGGAGAUGGCAGCGGCUGGGUUUUAUUUCACCGGCAUAAAAUCGGGGGUGCAGUGCUUCUGCUGUAGCUUAAUCCUGUUUUGUACCACCCUCAAGCGUCUCCCCAUAGAACACCAUAAGAAGUUCAGCCCACACUGUGAGUUCCUUUUGGGCAAAGAUGUUGGCAACAUUGCUAAGUAUGACAUAAGAGUUAAGAAUCCAGAGAGCAAGAUGAGAGGAGACAAAGCAAAGUACCAAGAAGAGAAGGCCAGACUUGAAUCCUUCCACGAUUGGCCAUUUUAUGCCCAUGGGACAUCCCCGCCGGAGCUCUCAGCAGCUGGCUUUGUCUUUACAGGAAAACGCGACACUGUGCAGUGCUUUUCCUGUGGUGGAUGUUUAGGAAAUUGGGAGGAAGGAGAUGAUCCUUGGAAGGAGCAUGCUAAGUGGUUCCCCAAAUGUGAAUUUCUUCAACGUAAGAAGUCCUCAGAGGAAAUUUCCCAGUAUAUUCAAAGCUACAAGGGAUUUGUUGAUGUCACGGGAGAACAUUUUGUGAAUUCCUGGGUCAAGAGAGAUUUACCUAUGGCAUCAGCUUUUUGCAAUGACAGCAUCUUUGCUAAUGAAGAACUACGACAGGAGUCUUUUAAGAAAUGGCCCCAUGCAUCUCCUGGGGGCGCAGCUCUGGCCAAAGCAGGUCUUUUCUACAUAGGUAUAGAGGACAUCGUCCAGUGUUUUUCCUGUGGAGGAUGUAUGAACAACUGGGUGGAAGAUGAUGACCCAUUAGGAGAUCAUUCCAAAUAUUUUCCUGAUUGUCUGUUUCUCCAAAAUCUGAAGGCCUCUGCAGAAGUGAUUCCAGACCUGCAGAGCCACGAUGAGCUUUCUGAAUUGGCGGAAACCAUAAGUGAAACCAGUCUUGAAGAUUCAGCAGCAGUUAGUUCUCUAGUGCAAGAGACCGCCCAGAGUGAAGCCCAGUGGUUUGGGGAGGCAAAAAGCCUGAACCAGCGACUGAAAGAAGCCUACACCGAUGCCAGUUUCCGCCGCAUGUAUAUGCUUGAGGUCUCUUCCAGUCUGGCCACAGACCACUUGCUGAGUUGUGAUCUGUCCCUUGCUUCAAAACACAUCAGCACUCCUGUGCAAAAGCCUGUAGUGUUGUCUGAUGUCUUUGCCAACUUGAACUCUGUCAUGUGUGUGGAGGGUGAAGCUGGUAGUGGAAAGACAGUCCUCCUGAAGAAAAUAGCUCUUCUAUGGGCAUCAGGAUGCUGUCCCUUGUUAAACAGGUUCCAGCUGGUCUUCUAUCUCUCCCUUAGCUCUACCAGACUGGACCAAGGGCUGGCCAACAUCAUUUGUGACCAACUCCUAGAGACAGAAGGAUCUGUUACUGAAAUGUCCCUAAGGAUCAUCAUGCAGCAGUUAAAGAAUCAGGUGUUAUUCCUUUUGGAUGACUACAAAGAAAUGUGCUCAGUCCCUCAAGUCAUACAAAAACUGAUUCAUAAGAACCACUCAUCAAGGACCUGUUUAUUGAUUGCCGUCCGCACAAACAGGACCAGGGACAUCCGACAACACCUACAUACGAUUCUAGAGAUCAAACCGUUUCCCUUCUAUAAUACUGUCUACAUAUUACGGAAGUUUUUUUCUCAUGAUUUGACCCGUCUGCAAAAGUUUAUGAUUCACUUUAAAAUGAAUGAAAAUUUGCAGGGAAUUCAGAAAACUCCUCUUUUUGUAGCAGCAGUUUGUGCUAAUUGGUUUCGAAACCCUUUUGACCGGUCCUAUGAUCAUGUGACUGUUUUCAAAUCCUAUAUAGAAUGCCUUUCCUUAAAGCACAAACUUUCAGCUGAACGUUUCAAAGCAAACGUGUCCUCCUGUGGUAAGCUGGCCUUGAAAGGGUUUUUCUCUUCUUGCUUUGAGUUUAGUGAUGAUGACCUUGUAGAAGCAGGAGUUGACGAAGAUGAAGAUCUAACCAUGUGCCUGAUGAGUAAAUUCACAGCCCAGAGACUGAGACCAGUCUAUCAGUUUUUAGAUCCUGCAUUCCAAGACUUUCUUGCUGGGAUGGGGCUGAUAGUACUUCUGGAUUCCGAUAGGCAAGAAGAUCAAGACUUGGGACUUUAUUAUUUGAAACAAAUCCACUCUUCCAUGAUGACUUUAAGUUCCUGUAACAAUUUUUUGACAUAUGUCUCCUGCUACCCUUCAACAAAGGCAGGGCCAAAAAUUGUAUCUCAUUUGCUUCAUUUGUUGGACAACAAAAAGUCAUUGGAGAAUCUAUCUGAAAAAGACGAUCUGAAGCACCAUCUGGAAGUUUCAGAGAGAGUGCACCUAUGUAGGUCAUUGUGGCAAUUAGCUCCAGAAGAUUGCUUUUCACUCAUUUCAAAACAUUUACUGACUUUUGCUAUAAAAAUUGCUUAUCAAAGCAACACUGUUGAAGCAUGUUCUCCAUUUAUUUUGCAAUUCCUUCAAGGGAGAACUCUGACUUUGGAUAUGCUUAAUUUACCGUAUUUUUUUGACCAUCCAGAAAGCCUGCUAUUGUUGAGGAGCAUCCGAGUCUCCGUAACUGGAAACAUGAAAAUCAUGUCACCUGUACCAGAUAGUUCAUGUCUGGAGAGAUGUUGGGACAAAUCACAGGCACCAACUAUACAACAGGACUGUGCUGCUGCCUUUGAAGAUAUGAUGGAAUGGGAGCGGAAUGUAGUUGAAAAACAGAAAGACAUAUUGAGAUUUAUGAGUAUGAUUGUCAAAGCACCACCAGACAUCAGCACUGGCUAUUGGAAACUUUCUCCAAAGCAGCACAAGAUUCCCCUUCUGGAAGUCCACGUGACUAAUAUGGAUGGUGUGGACCAAGAGAUGCUCAGGGUUCUAAUGGCAGUUUUUUCAGCUUCACAGCACAUUGAACUUCACUUAAGGGGAAGCAGGGGCUUUAUUGAAAGCCUUCGCCCAGCUAUUGAGCAGUAUAAGGCUUCUUUCACCAAGUGCUCCAUAAAUGAAUCUGAGCUGAAUGCAGUAGAACAGGAAUUGCUUCUCAACCUGCCUUCCCUGGAAUCCCUCGAAGUCUCAGGAACAACCCAGAUACCAGAUCAACUCUUUCCUAAUUUGGACAAGUUCCCAUGCCUGAAAGAAUUGUCUGUGAAUAUGGACAAAAAAAAUGUUUUUUCAGUUAUUCCUGAAGAAUUCCUAAAACUCCACAAUAUGGAGAAAUUAUUGAUUGAAAUUUCCGCUGAGAAUGGUCCUUCUAAAAUAGUUAAAUUAAUUGAGAAUUCUCCAAACCUUAAUGUUUUCCAUCUGCAAUGUAAUUUUUUUUCGGAUUUUGAGUCUCUCUUGACUGUACUCGCUUCCUGCAAGAAACUCAAAGAAAUUAAGUUUUCUGGAGCAUUUUUUAAACCCAUCCCAUUUGUCACCAUUCUGACAAAUUUUAUUUCUCUGAAGAUAUUAGAUCUUAAAUUCCAAGAAUUUCCCCAUAAGGAAACAUCUGAAAAAUUUGCCCACACUUUAGGUUCUCUUAGCAGUCUGGAAGAAUUGAUCCUUCCUAAUGGGGAUGGGAUUCAUCAGGUGGCCAAACUGAUCAUCCAGCAGUGUCAGCAUCUUCGAUGUCUCCGAGUUCUCUCAUUUUUCAAGACUUUAAAUGAUGACAGUGUAAUGGAAAUUGCCAAAGUAGCAAUCAGUGGAGGUUUCCAGAAACUUGAGAACUUAGACCUUUCACUGAAUCACAAGAUUACAGAAGAAGGAUAUAGAAAUUUCUUUCAAGUAUUGGACAACUUGCCAAACUUGCAAGAGUUGACAAUUUCCAGGCAUUACACUGAAUGUAUCAGAGCUCAGGCCACCACAGUGAAGUCCUUGAGUCAAUGUAUGUUACGGCUGCCAAGUCUCACCACAAUCGACAUGUUAGGCUGGCUCCUGGAUGCAGAAGACAUCACACUGCUUACUGCGACAAAAGAAAAACACCCUCAAUCUAAACUCUUCAAUAUUCAUUGGAAAUGGAGAUUGCCAUUCUCUCCAAUCAUCCAGGAAUAGAAGAUUUAGCUAAAAACUACUGAAUCAAGAAAAAUUUUGUCAACAAUUCUAAAAACCUAAUCAUCCAAAAACAUUUUACUAAAUAUUGCAGGCAAAAUAAUAGUUAUAAAACAUGUAAGGCAUGUAAAAAAAAUAACACCCUGCAUGCCCACCAUUGAGCUUAAGAAACAGUAUUACCAGUAUCUUUGAAGUCUCUCAAUGACCUUCCCAACUAAAGUUUAUACAUCUAACCCUCCAUAGUCCAGCAUUAGCAUCAGGUUUUCAGGCUAACUGUGGUAAAGAGAAAGCCAGAAGGAGAGGGUGGAGGGAGGUACACUGAUCUAGCUAAAAGUCACAGUGUGGAAGAAUUCAGGUUAUAUAUGAAAUGACUAACUUAAGGACUAAAUCAGUUUCACACAUAGGUGAAACAAGAGUUCACUUUAACAGUCUUUAAGAGUCUUUUGUGGGCCAAGAGAUAUUCCCUAAUCCUUGUAGGAUCUGUUCUGUAUAUUUAAUUUUGGUGUAGUCAAGUUUACUUGUACCUUCCCUUUAUCCACUGCCAAUGUGAAGAAGAAAUAGGAUUUAGAGGAAAAUGCUCUAAUUCAGAGGCUUUUGAUUCAAAUGCCCUGACACUCACUUUUAUGUUUCUAAACUUCUUCCUUUCUCACAUAUCCCAACCUCUCCAACUUCCUAAAAUCCUUCCACUGUGCCCACAUGAGUAACCUGCCUAAUAUCCUCAGCGUCUUUUCUAAACGUUCCCUGCACCUUCUUAUUUUAACUCCAUAUUUUUUCAAACUUUUUUAAAAACCAAGACCCAUAGUAAGGAAUAAAUUCUAUACUGAAAAAUUUGCACAUUUAUAUACAUAUUCACAACUGAAACAAGAUUAGAAAAAUAACUUUCUAAUGUAAAGCUAUAUUGUACUAAUAUGCAAAUUAACAAAUAAUAAAAAAACACAAAAUCCUUUUAAAGAGUUGUUUAUAUACACCGCUUUCAGUUAUUUAUGUAUACUGUUUUCUUUCUUACAUUUCCUCCCACCAGGAUUUUACCUCCUCUUGGCCACCAAAACAGCUCUUAUGAGGGUCACUGAUGACCUCCACAUUGCUAAAUUCAAUGAAUACUUCAGUCUCAUCCUACUUUUGUUAUGAGCAUUUGACCCAUCAGUAGCUUUGAUGUGGCCCAUCACUCCCUCCUCAAAACAUUUUCUUCAUUUGAUUUCCAAGACUUCCCUUCUAAUUCACUGAGAGUUCUGUUUCCUUUACUGCUUCUCCUCAUACAUGAUCUCUAAACAUUGGGAGUACCCAGGUUUUCCUCUGCCAUCUCUAUUAAAUGCAGUUCCUUGGCUAUCUUAUGCUGUUGAAUGGCUUUACAUUCAGUAUCUAGGCCAGGGGUGGGCAAACUUUUUGACUUGAGGGCCACAAUGGGUUCUCAAACUGGA